ACAAAUUAAAUUCCGGUUCGCGUCAAAAACUUGUAAACAAAGUUGGCGGUAAAGAUGGAGAGUGAACCUUCACCAAGUGAUGCCUCAAACCAGGAGUACAGAGUGCAAAUAGCGUCGAAGAAACAAGUAAUGGAGCAGAUAAAUAAAUACAAAGACGUUCUGAAGACGGCUCUCGACGGACAGCCGGAGGUGGCAGAAGAGACGAAGCGAGUUUUAGUGCAGGAGCUGCUGGCGAACUUUGAGGCGGCUGUUCAGGACAACGUGUUGGUGAAUGGACAGCCUUGGCAGGAGGCGCCUGAUGUUGAAGCGGUGGAUGAGGCUGUGGACCUGGAAAGCCUGCUGGAUGACACCAUUGUUGAGACCACCAGGAGGCGCCGUUCCUACCCGAGACAGAUCCUGCCACAUGUGGUCCACUCCCUCAAAGCUGAACGUAAACUCAUGGGGCUGUAUGAGCACGCAGUCAAACCUCAAGAGGUGGCCAAAGAUCCUGAUCAAGAGAGCAUCAUGAACGAUUUGUCAGCAGCAGCUCCUGGGAUGGUGAAACAGGCCAUCCAGGUCAUAAAGUCAAUCAACAGUUUGCAGAAACAAGCUGAAGGCCUCUGCGAGAUCCUCAACAUGAAACCAAGCCACGCCACUCUGGAGAUCCACAGAGAAGUGUUUGGUUUUAACGGCCAAUCAGACGUUCCCCUGCCUCCUGUGAGCGGAGCUUCGAGGAACAGGCAGCCAAUAAAGAGAACCGUAGAGGAAGCAGCAGCCGCAGACUGCUAUGUGCCUCUCAGUAAGAAACCUGUGGCGGAGGUCAAGCCACAGUGACACUUCUGCUGCCGUUCAGAACAACGAAGAUGGUGUGAUGUCAGGAACUAAUAUGUGUUUUUCUGCGCAGUUUUGUUUUUGAACUCUUUUUAAGAAUAGAAAGCAGUGGUUAAAAUGAUAUGACUCAGGAUGUUUAUUCAUUUUAAACAUACUGAAUAAAUAAUAUUAAUGGUGAGACAUCCCAUACACCCAGAGAACUGUUGUUCCCCCUGCAUUCCUACGACUGGAUCGCUUUAUGGCACAAAACCACAAGGUGGCGCUGGCAAAUGCUGCAAGAGCGUUCUAGUUUCUGCUAAAAAAAACAACCCCAAGUAUGUUGAUCGAACUUCAAAAAGAUGUUUCAGGGACAGAAAGAAACUGGGUUAUACCUGAGAGUGGUUCUCCUAACGUCUCAGUGUCUCUGCAGAGCAUGGGAGAUUGUCAGCGAGGGGAGAUUGUAGUUAAUCAAUCACGGAUAGCACCAGUCUGUCAGACGCAUUUAAAAAAAAAAAAAGCCCAAAAAAUGCUACAGCACACUUGGGACAGCCAUGGUAUUAACCAUAUUAACAUUGACAAACCAUAUUAAUCUUGUCUGGUCAAGAAGUCUUGAAACUAUGACGUCAUUUUAAAGGUGCUGUAAGUGAAAACUGCUAUUGUCCAACUUCCUGUCUGUUCUUGCAGUUAGCAGUCCCCUCUCUGCCCCCUCCCUGGAGUUCUCUCUCCUGAUUGGAUAAAGGAUCCAACGGGAUAGCAGAAAUGUUGUUCUCUGUUCACUGCAGGAGGAGGGGUGGGAGACUGGGAGUCACUGACUGAACACUGUAUUUUGGUGAUGGCUGUUGGAAUGUGAAGAAGAUUUGAAGAUUUGAAUGAAGCAUUUUGAAACCAUCCGCAUUUGUGAUUUAAAUUAAGUAAUUGUUUUUAUGACUAAACUGAAUCAGAUGAAAUCCUAAAACGGACCUUUAACUCCAGUUCUUGUUGUUCCUGUUUAUUUUGUAUAAGAAUACAUUUCUAGAGACUUUGUUCCCCCUGCCUGAAAUGAACUGUCCUUCUUAAAAAGAUCUAAAUAUAUCUUGUUGCCGUAUAUUUGUCAUUGUUGGUGUAAAGACACUUACUGGUAUUAUUUUUUAUUUUAUUUCAUUUGUACACUCUUAUCCAUCCUGUACCUGUUUGAAAGGAUAAGGCUGGCAUUAUUCUGUAUUUUUCUUAUUGUAAAUUUCAUAAAAUAACCAAAACCAA